GGUGACGGUGACCCCGUUAGUUAAAGCAAAAGAAAGUAAAAGCAAAAGGAAGACGUACUGUAAACACUGUUUUCUAGAAUAAAACAAUAGUGGUGGUGACUGUGUCAUUGGGCUGAUAAGAAUGGCUAAUCUAUUCGAUAAUAUGAUUCCGUAUGCCUGACAGCACACGGAUAAAAAGUAAAAUAUCUACCUACACCCUGGAUAUAACCUUGUUAAGAAUAAUAUUACACGGGAAUCCUGUCAUGUCGCUGAUUGGGUUAUGGUUAGAUAUAAAGCAUGUUGAUAGGUUGUAGUUAUUACAUGACGUGUAAUACAACCAAUCAGCAUUAGAGUUAGGCGGGUCUAUCAGCGCAUGCGUUCAGCGUAUGCUUGGAGACAGCCAAUCACGUCCUCUGCCCUCCCUGCUACCUUUGCACAGCUCGACCAAAACAACUGGCCUGUUCCUCUUUCGUCGCGAUUUGUUUGUUUGGACUCAAGCGAUUAAAUAGUUAAAAUGACGAAUUAAAACCAACCGUUUGUUAUUCGUUGGGCUUUAAAUUUAAUUAUAACGUUUUGUGACCCCUAAACGGAGCUUCUGUCGGAGCUUCUGUCGCGACUUUAGGUUGUCUCGCUGGUGGCUAACAGCUAAUCGUAGCUAAGCUUGGUGACCCGACAGAGAGAAGAUGGGCUCCAUCCUGAGUCGAAGAAUCGCUGGUGUUGAGGAUAUCGACAUUCAAGCUAACUCUGCUUAUAGAUUUCCUCCGAAAUCCGGGAACUAUUUUGCAAGCCACUUCUUCAUGGGAGGAGAGAAGUUUGACACACCACAUCCAGAGGGAUACCUUUUUGGAGAAAACACGGACCUAAAUUUCCUGGGAAAUAGACCAGUGCAGUUUCCUUAUGUGACUCCUGCACCCCACGAGCCUGUGAAAACCCUGAGGAGCCUGGUCAAUAUCAGAAAGGACUCUUUGCGUUUGGUCAGGUAUAAAGAUGACUCUGACGCACAGGUGGAAGAAGGUGCAAAACCAAAGGUCCAGUACGGUGUGGAGUUUACCUUUGACGCUGACGCUAGAGUGGCCAUCACGCUCUACUGCCAGGCGUUCGAAGAGUUCUCCAAUGGGAUGGCAGUGUACAGCCCAAAAGAUCCAUCGAUGGUCUCUGAAACUGUGCAUUACAAGCGAGGAGUGAGCCAACAGUUCUCCAUGCCGUCUUUCAAAAUAGACUUCAGUGAUUGGAAAGAGGAAGAUCUGAACUUUGACCUUGAUCGAGGUGUGUUUCCCAUGGUUAUCCAGGCUGUGGUCGAUGAAGGAGAUGGUAGGUCCUGGGGCUGCAUGCUGCUCCUUAACAUUUUGAGUUUUUUAAUGUCAAAUAAACUCAUAAAAAAAUACAAUUUUACCGUUUUUUCUGCAUCACCUAUCAUCUUUUUAAUUUUUUUAAAAAUGUGUCUGUGUUUCCAGGUGGACCGUGUGAGUUACCUUUUACAGGAGAUUUAUGGCAUUGAGAACAAAAACAACCAAGAGACCAAGCCGUCAGACGAUGAGAACAGUGACAACAGCAAUGAAUGCGUCGUCUGCCUCUCAGACCUGCGGGACACACUGAUCCUGCCGUGCAGGCAUCUGUGUCUCUGCAAUUCCUGCGCAGACACCUUACGUUAUCAGGCCAACAACUGUCCUAUCUGCAGGCUACCUUUUAGAGCACUUCUGCAGAUCAGAGCUGUGAGAAAGAAACCCGGUGCUCUGUCUCCUGUGUCCUUCAGCCCUGUCCUUGCUCAGACGAUGGAUCAUGACGAACAUUCAAGCACAGACUCCGUUCCUCCUGGCUUCGAGCCCAUCUCGCUCCUCGAGGCGCUGAACGGUCAGCGGUCCGUGUCCCCCGCCAUCCCCUCCGCCCCGCUGUAUGAUGAAAUCAACUUCUCUGGAGGUAUAGGUGGUGAGAGCAGGCAGCUGAGCUCCCCCGAGCAUCUGAGCGACGGGAGCCUGCAGAAGAGCAAAGUCAGCAAAUCCCCCGACAGCACCCUAAGGUCUCCGUCAUCUCCCAUCCAGGAGGAGGACGAGGAGAAGCUGUCCGAGAUGUCCGAUGCUCAGCCGCAUACCAUGCUCUCCAGCAGCCCAGCCCCUACGGACGCCACAGCAACAGAGGAUGUGGCCGAGUCCCUGUCUCCAGACGAUGAGGACAGAAUGCAUUCUGGGGGAGACAUUCUGCAGGACUGUGACAGCGAGCACAGCUGCUUGACCAAAACGGAGAGCGACCCACCAGGUGACCUGUCACUACCAGGUUCCUCGGAGUCAACAGAAAGUCUGAAAAGUCAGAGCACAAACAGCUCCAGCCAGCCUCUCCUGUGUCCCACGAGCAGCCUUCACCUGGAAGACGAGCAUCUCACUCCCUGACUCUGGUCCAGAGAAGUUUCCCCUGCGGUCCAUCACAGCAGAGAGUCUUUGUUCCUUUCACAUCCCAGCCUAGUAAGUUCACCACACCAGGAGAGGACUGUGAAAAGUAGAUGAGGAAUUUGACUCAUUUAAGCUACCACUGAAGUUUUUUUUAUAUAUAUAUAUACUGUAUAGUUUCAUUGCUUCUACAGAUUAAAACAUUUCAUUACAUCCUUAAUAGUUAGAUCUAUUGUGUUGGAUAAAAUAAUUGUGGUUAAUUAUUGUAAACCUAAGACAUUUCACUACGAAAAAAACGUUCAGACCUGUUUCUACAGUCCGUACUGACUAACUGAUCACGUGUUGACAACACGAACGGGUAAAUUUUUUUUUGGCUUGUAACACCAGCAGCACAGGAUGUGAACAACUGCUAAAUUGUCCAGGGACAAACUCUAAAUCUAAGUCUGAGGUUAACUGAUUUUUCACUGAUUAAAUUGAACCGUUAAAAACACUAAUGUUAAUAAGCAUGUUUUUCGUAAAGUUUCUCUUUUGCUAAAAGGAUGAACCUGGUUCGACAUAGAAGGGUGAAAAGGCUACGCCUCAUUAUAAUGAUUUCGUAACAUUUAGGUGACAACCAUUGAAACUGCAACUUUUCACGUCCACACUAAAAAAAAUCUGGCACUAUUAAGAAAUGUUUCUCUAAUUAAAGCCAAACAUUUUUUUGUGCUGCAAAUUCACAAACAAUACUACAAAAUAUGUAUGUCUUUCUAUCCCCCCCCCCCCUCGCGGCUCUUUUUUUUCUUUUAACUUUGUCAUCACGUCAUCAGGUCACUCAGGACAGCAGGUCUGAACCGAAGCUAUCUUUUCACUAUGUUGCUUUCAAGCACACUUACUUUAAUUUAACACAGUAUUGAUUAGCUAAGCCCAUAUGCUCACCUUGUCGUAAACAGGGACGCUAACGCCUCAGCGACGGCAGCCCGUGGCAUGCUGGAAAAGAACAUAAAGGUAUCAGAUCAAUAUCGGUAUCGGGCAUGAAAAAAAAGUCCUAGUUUAUUUGCAGUGAUUUUGCACUUCUUUAUAAUCCAUUCCUUUGAAAAACCGAUGUUGAUAAGCUUCCUGUGCGAUAUCUGAUGUAUCAUAACUGUACUAGGAACCUGUGUCGUGUCUCCAGAAUUGCAUAAAAUGUAGAAAAAUCUCCUGACAACGAGGCAGUGACGCUUUAGACUCCGUAUAAAUACGCAUUAUUUAGCACUGUCUCCAUAAGUGCUGCAGAAGAAUACAUCUUACACUCUGAGCAGUGUGUGUUUGCUAACGCUAACGCAGUGCUAACGUACGGCACAGGUAGCCUUCGUCCCCCCCCCCCCCCCCCACCUCUGCGUCUGCUUCUAGCUUCAGAACCUAGUUUUCUGUGUGGCUGCACUGCCUUUAAAUACUUACGUCUCUGUUUGUGUGGCCCCAUGCAUUUAGAUGUGCCUUGAAUUGAUAUGGCCUCUGCCUGCUUGUUGCAUAUUGGACAUGACCGUAGCUUCUAAUGCUAAGUGCUACAACACACACACACACACUUGCGCGUGCAUACAUUUUCAGCCCACAGACAUGAUAUAGUUUUUUUUAAAUAUUACUUCUAGAAAAAAUAUACCUUGCCAUGAGAAAUAUAUAACAUAUACUUUUUAAUUAUUUACUAUGUUAAGACCAUUUAUCACUUAUGCAUUUAAUCUUUAGGUCAAAGUGGAUUGUGGGUUUUUUUUUUUUCCAUUUUCCACUGAGGAGAAUAGCCAGUGCAAUGAGAUGUAAUUUAAGGACUUAAACAACAAUGUGCAUGUGAAUAUGCUGACAGUAACACAUCUCUCUGUGUGUGUGUCUAACAUGGUUAGUUUGUGUUAAGGCCACUCACCCUCCUCCUCCUCUUUCGUCUUCUGGAUUCCGUGCCAUUUCACUCUGACACUGUGCCUUCCUGCUCUUCUUCUGACCACUGUUCACCUGGUAUCCAGGAUGAAUCCACACUAGGUGGUUUGUGACUCUGUAAAAUCAUAAACAGUCCUUCCUUGUGUGUAUAGAAGCAUGUGUAUUACAAUAAAGGACAAAGACGCUGAACUUCAACCAACACUUA